AUGAGAACAGUCCACAAGAUCCCGCAGUACAUCUCGCACACUCUGUCCUGCUGCGAUCACGGACACUCUGACCUGCUGCGAUCACGGACACUCUGUCCUGCUGCGAUCACGGACACUCUGUCCUGCUGCGAUCACAGACACUCUGUCCUGCUGCGAUCACGGACACUCUGUCCUGCUGCGAUCACAGACACUCUGUCCUGCUGCGAUCACAGACACUCUGUCCUGCUGCGAUCACAGACACUCUGUCCUGCUGCGAUCACAGACACUCUGUCCUGCUGCGAUCACAGACACUCUGUCCUGCUGCGAUCACAGACACUCUGUCCUGCUGCGAUCACAGACACUCUGUCCUGCUGCGAUCACAGACACUCUGUCCUGCUGCGAUCACAGACACUCUGUCCUGCUGCGAUCACAGACACUCUGUCCUGCUGCGAUCACAGACACUCUGUCCUGCUGCGAUCACAGACACUCUGUCCUGCUGCGAUCACAGACACUCUGUCCUGUGUCUGUAUUUAG